CUAUACCAGAGGUACCGACCGGAUCAACGAUGUCACCUCUUUACGUCUUUGUAGCGUUCAUCGCAGUCUGUCAUGCUCAAGUGCCUCAUCUUGGGAAAUGCCCGGAUGUUACAGUUGUUCAGAAUCUCGAUGUCGCAAAGUAUCUAGGAGAUUGGUAUGAGAUUAAGAAGUUCUUUUUCUUCAUCGAGGGCGCAGAAACCUGUAUCCGUGCUAAUUAUAGUUUAAAAGAUGACGGUCACAUUCAAGUUUCUAAUAGAGGUUACCGGUGAGUUAAAUGAUUU